AGGGAUAUUUCCCAAUCCUUUAUGUGUGUAGCGGUCCUCCUCCGGCGGAGCCGCUGCUGUUACCGCGGCUGCCGCUACCGCUGCCACUGCCGCCUCCUUGAUAUAGCCAGGCGCGAAGAGAUGCUUGCAGUCACUUGGUGAGCGUCGCUUCUCAGACUUCGGGGCUGCAGUUUUCUCUGUGCGCGCGCGCGUGUGUGUGUGUGUGCGUGCGCGCGCGCGCGCGCGUUUGACUGAAGGGGUGAGGAGACUUGAGAGUGAGCUGGAGAGAGACACGGUAGCAGAGGCGGAGGCGGCGGCAAAGUAGGAGGAACACCGCCGAUUUUUCCUGUGCUCGGCACCUCUUAACUUGGGAACUGUCCACCAACGUGAGCUCCUGAAAAUGAACCGGCUGACUCUCUACCUGCUCGGAUUGUUUCUCAGUAGCGGGCAAGCACUUCUACAAGUGUCAAUUUCCCUCAGCAAGGUAGAAGUCAGUGUGGGCGUAUCCAAAUUUUUCACAUGCACAGUAAUUGGUGAGCCUGAGAGUAUAGAUUGGUACAACCCACAAGGAGAGAAGAUUGUUUCUAAUCAAAGAGUGGUGGUACAGAAAGAAGGUGUCAGAUCACGGCUAACAAUCUACAAUGCCAAUGUGGAAGAUGCUGGAAUAUACAGGUGUCAAGCAACAGAUUCUAGAGGACAGACUCAAGAAGCUACUGUCGUUUUGGAAAUUUACCAAAAGCUCACAUUCCAAGAUAUUUCAUCACCACAAGAAUUUAUACAGGGAGAAGAUGUACAAGUCGUUUGCCGUGUUACUAGUUCACCUGCACCUAUUGUCAGCUGGCUGUAUCAGAAUGAGGAUGUCUCAAAUAUUGCUGACAAUAGGUUUGCCAUGUUGCCAAACAAUAAUCUUCAAAUUCUUAAAAUCAAUAAAAGCGAUGAAGGAGUUUACAGAUGUGAAGGAAGAGUAGAAGCCAGAGGCGAAAUUGACUUUCGGGAUAUCAUUGUACUUGUAAACGUUCCUCCAGCUAUCACAUUGCUACAAAAGUCCUUCAAUGCAACAGCAGAUCGAGGAGAGUCAAUCGUGUUAUUCUGCAGAGCCACCGGUUCUCCUGAACCUGAAAUCAGUUGGUAUAGGAAAGGAAAAAACAUUGAGGAAAAUGACAAAUAUGUACUAAAAAGCAGCAAUACAGAAUUGACCAUUAGAGAUAUCAAAAAUAUUGAUGCUGGACCUUAUAUCUGUGAAGCAAAAAAUAAGGCCGGGAAGAUGACAAAUCAGACAUUUCUUCAGGUUUUUGUACAGCCUCAAAUAAUACAACUUAAAAAUGAAACCACUUUUGAAAAUGGUCAAGCGACCCUUGUAUGUGAGGCAGAAGGAGAACCUGUCCCUGAAAUUACUUGGAAAAGAGCCAUUGAUGGAAUAACAUUCUCUGAAGGUGACAAGAGCCCAGAUGGUCGGAUAGAAGUCAAAGGGCAGCAAGGAAGAUCAUCACUGCAUAUUAAAAAUGUGCAGUUGUCAGAUUCAGGAAGAUAUGACUGUGAAGCUGCAAGCAGAAUUGGUGGGCACCAAAAGAGCAUGUAUCUUGAUAUUGAAUAUGCUCCAAUCUUUGUGACAAAUCAAACAACAUAUUAUUCUUGGGAAGGAAAUCCCAUCAAUAUAAGUUGUGAUGUUCUGUCUAAUCCACCAGCAUCUAUUCAGUGGAGACGAGGAAAGUUGGUAUUACCUGCAAGAAACUCAACUCAUUUAAAGACUCAUUAUUCUGGAAGCAAACAAAUAUUAGAGAUUGCUCCUACAUCUGACAGUGAUUUUGGACGUUACAACUGCACAGCGACAAACAGAAUAGGAACACAUUACCAAGAAUAUAUCCUAGCAUUAGCCGAUGUACCAUCCAGUCCACAUGGAGUGAAAAUUAUAGAUGUAUCACAGACUCUUGCAAAGGUCUCUUUCAAUAAGCCAGAUUCACAUGGAGGUGUCCCUAUUCAUCAUUAUCAAGUGGAUGUGAAAGAAAUCACUUCAGAAACAUGGAAAGUUGUUAUUUCCCAUGGAGUUCAGAGUGAGUCUGCAAAGGGAAAAAUAGAGAUAAUUCAUAAAAAGACUAUGAAGAAAAAUGGUUCAAUGAUUGUUCUGAGCAAUCUGGAACCCAAUACAACAUAUGAAAUCAAAGUUGCUGCUGUAAAUGGAAAAGGGCAAGGAGAAUAUAGCAAAAUUGAGAUAUUUCAGACAUUACCAGUUCGUGAGCCAAGCCCCCCAUCUAUUCAUGGACAACCAGGCAGUGGGAAAAGCUUUAAACUCAGUAUAACAAAGCAAGAUGAUGGAGGAGCUCCUGUAUUGGAAUAUAUCGUAAAAUACAGAAGUAAAGAUAAGGAAGACCAAUGGGAAGUGAAAAAGUUUCAAGGUAAUAAAGACCAAAUUAUUCUCGAGCCAUUGCAGUGGACAAUGGGGUAUGAAGUACAAAUUACUGCUACAAACAGACUGGGACAUUCAGAACCAACUGUCUAUGAGUUCAUCAUGCCACCAAAGCCCAAUAUUAUUACAGAUACACUUUUUAAUGGUCUUGGACUUGGUGCAGUCAUUGGACUGGGUGUAGCUGCCCUUUUAUUAAUCCUUGUCGUGACUGAUGUCAGCUGCUUCUUUGUGCGGCAAUGUGGAUUGCUAAUGUGCAUCACCAAAAGGAUCUGUGGAAAGAAGAGUGGCUCUAGUGGAAAGAGUAAAGAGCUAGAAGAGGGAAAGGCUGCAUAUCUGAAAGAUGGAUCAAAAGAGCCUAUAGUUGAAAUGAGAACAGAGGAUGAGAGAAUUACCAAUCAUGAAGAUGGAAGUCCAGUAAAUGAACCCAAUGAAACUACACCAUUAACAGAACCAGAGAAACUGCCAUUAAAGGAAGAAAAUGGAAAAGAAGUUUUAAAUUCAGAUACUAUAGAAAUCAAAGUUUCUAAUGACAUCAUCCAGUCAAAAGAAGAUGAUGGCAAAGCAUAAUACAACAACUACAGCUGUCUAGAGGGGAAUAAAAGGCAUUUGGAUUCAAAUAAAUCUGUGACCAAAACUUCAUAGCUAAUCUUAGUUUCCUGGGCAACAUAAAAUGGAAUAGUUCUUAGGAGUAAUUGAAACUACUUCUGUCAACUGUCCAUUGUCAUUUUUUCUUCUUCAAUACUUUUAGUCUGUAGUCCUGGAUUACAUCAGUCCUGUGGUCUGAGUAUAGCAAAUCAGCCAAUAUAAAUAUUGUAAUUUAUUUUAUUGCUGAAGAAAUCUAUUUAUAAAACAUCAAAAUACGCCCCUUAGCCACAACCUGUUAAUGAGACAGCCGUACCACUUACAGUCAAAAUUAAACCCAUGAGCUUAAGUGCCAUAUACAUUUAUAUUUGCAAUUUUAAAACAUUUUGGUUGCCUUUAAAAGACAAUUUAUAUACGUACAUACAUACAUAUAUCCAUCUCAGUUAGAAGUUACAUACAUGUGGCUGGAAAAGGCUGACCCUUGACAAAGAAUAGAUGACUUCUUUAUGGUGAUAGCUCUACGCUUAACACCAGUUCUUAAAGACAAUGAAGGGUUUGUAGGUUUUAUGAACAGAUUUUAACAAAGUUGUGAACAAUUUUGAAGAAGAUAUUGAUCACAUCCUAACUAUCAAAGUCCAUAGAAAUUUCAGUGCUUCAGAUAUUUUGUAUUUGUUUGGAAGACCAUAUGUGAACUAAAAAUGUCAAAAUUUAUUUUGUGUGAAAAUAAGAAUCCUGACUUAUGACCAUAGCACUCAGCUUCAAAGAAAAUCUUAAAA